AGUUAACUUUCUGUUAGGUAUUUUAGCAACUUUAUCACUAAUUUUAAAUUGUAUUUGUGUUACGAAAUACGCUUCACGAAUUUUAUGCGUCAUAAAUGUAUUUGUUAAUAGUAAUUUUAUUAUAAUCCAAAGAAAAUUUAUUAAGUGGGCAUCAAGGGCCCUAAGUCAUCAGAAGCCAAGUCCAUUACAAUUGAAGGAAAAGACUCCUACUCUGUUGGAAGUACGUAUUGAUGCUUCCUGGAUUUCCAUUGGGAACUAGGGAGAGAUUGGAGACCUUUUUGCUAGAUUCAAUGGAAAGUGGCUUGAUACCUGAUGGAGUUGUUGCACAGGAUAUAAAUCAAGCAUCAUCAUGCUGGCAUAUUCGCGAGGGUAUACCUGAAGCUUUGAAGAAUGCCGGAGCUGUAUACAAAUAUGAUUUGUCACUACCUAUUGAAAAAAUGAAUGAUCUAGUUGAGGAAAUGCGAACACGUCUAGAUGCUAGAGCGAAAGUGGUAGGAUAUGGUCACCUUGGGGAUGGAAACCUACAUCUUAAUAUAUCUGCGCCACAGUAUGAUGACAAUCUUUUGUCGCAAAUCGAACCUUUCGUCUAUGAGUGGACAUCUAAACAUCGUGGAAGCAUCAGUGCUGAGCAUGGACUUGGAUUAAUGAAAGCCAAUAAAAUUCAUUACAGCAAGUCAUCUGAGACGGUACAAUUAAUGGCAUCUGUUAAGAGGUUGCUUGAUCCUAAUGGAAUUCUCAAUCCAUAUAAAAUUCUACCCUCUUCGUUUUCAAUUCAACAGUGAAGCUGUACUCAUCUCAGCCCUUGUUGGAUACAUGAAUUCCUUAGACGUCAACUAAAAUAACCUCCAGAACAGGUAUGAUGGGUGACAGACCUUAGUGAUCCUGUGUGGGUUGUAGGUUUAUUUUUGCUUUCUAGGGACUCUUGUCUCUAAGAUGUGACGGUAUGUAAAAAAAUGUUGUAAAACUAUGUGAUGGUAUGUAAAAAAAAUUUUUGUAAAAAGAUAUGAUGGUAUGUAAAACAUUCAUUCUUGAUUUUCACCUGUAUGCAGAGUAGUACACAAAUGUGUGAAUCAUGUCAUCUUUUUAUCCUAAUUUUUUUGCCAAGUGUGUGGCUUUGCCUUCAUGGAUAUUCACCAAAUGUCCAUUCACAAUUUUUUUAUUUUAAAUUGCUGUGCUCUGUCAAAUUACCCCUUUAGGUUUUACAGAGAGGUAUGCUUUUUCUAGGUGAAAAAGUACUUAGCGUGCGUGUAAUAUAAGAAGUUAGGAACCAGUUUCUUCUACUUGGCCUUUUUCACCAGGUCAGGGGUGAUAGAUCAGCGGAGGAUCCUCAGAGCUAAGGAUGGUUUCCAUUCCUGUAUUUGUUCAUACAAUCAGGCCAUCUCCAAUGGGAUGCCCAAAGGAGAUGCUCAAAGGAGAGAGAAGAAGAUGUUUAUAGGUGCCACUAUUGGAGAUAGAUGCUUAGAGUAGGUGUUCAAAGAAGAAAGAGAGUGAGAGAUGCUCAAGAGAGCACCGGAUGCUAGCAUUCAAAAUCAUGUGUGCAUUCUUUUAUUUUUUUGUAAAAUAAGCUUUUUUAAUAGUA